CAUAGUCUGCCCCGCUCUGUUCUCCUCUCCUCUGCUCUGCUUCUUCUUCCUGCAAGAGACUUGACCGAUCGUUCAAGCAAGCGCCGAGGUUCGACUUGAUCGCCCGAGCAGGGACGCCAAUGGACCAUCUGCUGCACCACGGGCACGAGAUGAGGAGGCCGUCCGUGCCCGGCCACGAGGCGGCGCUGAGGUCCGUCCAGAAGCCGCCGGCCAAGCCGUGGCGCGCGGGCGGCGGCUUGACGCCGGCGCCGACGCCGCCCAAGGUGUACCGCGUGGAGCCCCGGGAGUUCCGCGACCUCGUGCAGAGGCUCACCGGCGCGCCCGCCGCGGCCAUAGCCAGGCAGCACCAGCACGGCCAGCAGCUGCAGCGCGCGCCGACGCAGCCCGUGCCCGUGCGCCCCGGCGGUGUCGAGGACGCCGCCAUGGCCGGGCAGAUGUACGCGCCGUGGUGCUCGUUCCCGCUCAUGGGCCCGCCGGCGUCCAUGCACCCCGGCCUCGACGGCCACCAUCUCAUAUAGGACAUAGCUCAUCCUCCCGGCCGCCGCCCUGCUGCCGCUGCUCUUGUAUGUACAUCCUUGCUUGGGACAGGCUAGGCGCGUGAACUGCAAAGUAGCGAGUAAAAAACUCUUUCAAUCUUGCCUUAGCUUUAAGUGUAAACAAACAUAAUACGCGUUGCUCCCCUUGUAACUUAGCAGCUACACAUGAUGUAAUUACCAAGGAUGAAGGGAGAGUACGUUUGCGAUGAACAAGUUCGC